CCAAAACCGUCCGGUUGGCUUUUCGGAGCUCCUGAGAAGGCCGUUCCGGGUGGAAGGAGCCGAAGUAAGAAAAUUCGGAGGCGGCGGCGGCGAAAGCAUCAACAUGAAGAAGGAGCAAGUGCUCCACUGUCAGUUCUCUGCUUGGUAUCCUCUGUUCAGGAGCCUCACUAUCAAGAGUGUCAUUCUUCCACUGCCUCAGAAUGUGAAGGAUUAUUUACUUGAUGAUGGAACUCUGGUGGUCUCAGGAAGGGAAGAUCCACCGACAUGUUCUCAACCAGACAGUGACAAUGAGGGAGAAGAAAUACAGUGGUCAGAUGAUGAAAAUACAACAACACUUACGGCACCAGAGUUUCCGGAGUUUGCCAUUAAAGUUCAAGAAGCCAUUAAUUCCCUGGGGGGUAGUGUAUUUCCUAAACUUAACUGGAGUGCACCAAGGGAUGCUUACUGGAUAGCGAUGAAUAGUUCUCUGAAGUGUAAAACCCUCAGUGACAUCUUUCUACUUUUCAAGAGUUCAGACUUCAUUACUCAUGACUUUACUCAACCGUUUAUUCACUGUACUGAUGAUUCCCCAGAUCCUUGUAUGGAAUAUGAGCUUGUUCUUCGAAAAUGGUGCGAAUUAAUUCCUGGGGCUGAAUUCAGGUGUUUUGUCAAGGAAAAUAAGCUUAUUGGUAUAUCCCAGAGAGAUUAUACACAAUACUAUGAUCACAUUUCUAAACAAAAUGAAGAGAUCUGUAGAUCCAUACAGGAUUUUUUCAAGAAACACAUACAAUAUAAAUUCUUAGAUGAAGACUUUGUAUUUGAUGUAUACCGAGAUAGUAUGGGCAAAGUGUGGCUAAUUGAUUUUAAUCCAUUUGGUGAAGUAACAGACUCACUACUGUUCACAUGGGAGGAAUUAAUAUCUGGAAGAAACUUAAAAGGUGAACAAAAUGAAGGAGAGGCUCUGGAACAGGAUUCUCCAGCCUUUCGUUGCACAAACAGUGAAGUUACAGUACAACCAAGUCCCUACCUGAGUUACCGGCUACCUAAAGAUUUUGUAGACCUCUCCACUGGUGAAGAUGCUCAUAAACUAAUAGACUUUCUAAAACUGAAAAGAAAUCAACAAGAAGACGACUGAAAAGAGCCAUAGAGUUAAGUAAAAAGGAAAGCAUGGAGACUAUUUCCUGAGGCUUCUUAUAGGUCAUAACUUCCUACCAACCUAAAGAAAAAAAAAAACAAUUGCUUUUUGUAUUCAUGUAUAUU